UUAUUCAAAGUGAGCUGAUUUGUAUUUUUUACUUUAUGUUAGUCAUGUCUUGGAGGGCCAUUUCGGACCGACACUACCUUUCCGGUUUCUCCCCGCAGCUCAGGUCACUCCCUCCCUCCGCACUGACAGCAGCUCUACGCGGUUCAAACUUGCAGCCACACUGAACCAACUCGCCCCUUUCUGCCGUCUUCUCCCAGGUUUUUGACUUUUUAAGUGCCAGAGUGUUUUUAGUAAUGUGUUAAAGUGUGUGGAGCGGCGGCUCUUCACCGGGAGGAGUUACCCGUUUUGUGUUCAGUUGAAAAGCAGCGGGGGGAAAUGUCCAGCUGAGGACUGGAAAUCCUGAAAAACGCAGGGCCUGUUUCUGUAAUGAUUGAUCAAUGCUUGGACAAUGGCGCUAAAGGCACAAGUUUUAUAUGACUUCACCGCUGAGGCUGGAAACAACGAGUUGUCGGUGAAAGAAGGCGAGACUCUUACCAUCACCAAUCAGAAUAUCGGAGGCGGCUGGAUUGAAGCUCAGAACUCCAGAGGAGAGGUUGGACUGGUGCCAGAAGACUACAUCGAGUUCGGUAAGUCGCUUCCCGCGUUUCCAGCAGCGGCACCUCCUCCAAGUUUGGGAAAUGUCGCAGUUCCAGACCUGUCCAUCUUUGAUUCCUACGCUCCCACAGCAGCACCUGCACAAAACCAGGUGGAUGCUGGGGGCUUAAGUCCCCAGCCGGACACCCCUGAUACCCCAGUUUCCCCCUACCUUUCGUCCCCUGAUGAGGCGAGCAACGGUAAUGAUCCCUGGUCGGUGUGGAACGCAGACCCCUCGGGGGGCUCCAGCAACAACUGGGCAUCCAAUCCAGAGGGCACCCAGACUGGGAAGAGUGCUGCUGACCCCUGGAGCGCUGUACCACAGGGCCAUCCGCAGGCUUACCAGGGCCCAGGAGCGGAGGAUGACGAGUGGGAUGAUGAGUGGGAUGACAUGAAGUCCACUGGAGGUUACGCCGAGUCAGAAUCUGGAGACGGUGGAGCAAUACAGAGAGGAGGAGCUCAUGCAUCUUCAAUGAAAAUCUCCCUCAACAAGUUUCCUGGGUUCUCCAAGUCUGGUCCAGAGCUCUACCUCCUAUGCAAGCAGCUUGCUAAAGGCAAAGAGAAGCUGCCAAUCUAUGUUGGAGAAGUUGGUCCAGUGUGGUUUUACCCAGAGACACAGCUGGACUGUGUGGUGGCUGACCCCAAGAAAGGCUCGAAGAUGUACGGCCUCAAGAGCUACAUCGAGUACCAAAUCACACCCAAUACCACAAACCGAGCAGUCAAUCACAGAUACAAGCACUUCGAUUGGCUGUAUGAGAGGCUGCUAGAAAAAUUUGGGUCAGCCAUCCCCAUCCCCUCUUUACCAGACAAGCAGGUGACAGGGCGGUUUGAAGAAGAGUUCAUAAAAAUGCGUAUGGAGCGGUUGCAGGGCUGGAUGACCAGGAUGUGCAGGCACCCGGUUGUUUCCAGCAGCGAAGUAUUCCAGAUUUUCCUCAACCACAAGGAUGAGAAGGAUUGGAAGAUGGGGAAGAGAAAAGCAGAGAAGGACGAGGUAGUGGGAGUGAUGAUCUUCUCCACAAUAGAGCCUGAAGCUCCGGAUCUGGAUCUUGUGGAAGUGGAGCAGAAAUGUGAGCAGUUCAGCAGGUUCACCAAAUCCAUGGAUGACGGGGUGAAGGAGAUCCUCACAGUGGGCCACGAGCACUGGAAGAGAUGCACAGGCCCUCUGCCUAAAGAGUACCAGAGAAUCGGCAAAGCUUUCCAAAACCUCUCUUCUGUCUUCACCAGCAGUGGAUACCAAGGUGAGUCAACCCUGACUGAUGCCAUGACAGCAGCAGGCAAGACAUAUGAGGAGAUCGCUCAGAUGGUGGCAGAGCAGCCCAGAAAAGACCUUCACUUCGUCAUGGAGACCAACAAUGAAUAUAAAGGUCUUCUCGGAUGCUUCCCAGACACCAUUGGAGUCCAUAAGGCAGCCAUAGACAAGGUGAAGGAGGCUGACAAGCUGGUGGCCACCAGUAAAAUUACCCCUCAGGACAAAGUCACCAUGGCCAAACGAGUCAGCACCAUGUCAUACGCAUUACAAGCUGAGAUGAACCACUUCCAUAGCAACCGUAUCUAUGACUACAACAGGGUCAUGCAGUUGUACUUGGAGGAGCAAGUCAAGUUUUACGAGACGAUUGCUGCAAAGCUGAGACAAGCACACAGUCAGUUCACUACAAUGUGAAAGCAAUGGCCUUCAGUCUCGCACUACAAGACAAGAGGAGUUAAACCAGCUCUACAUCCAAAAUAUUAUGCUUACACUGCAUUCUUUUCCCUCCCUUUAAUUUAAAUUUCACUUCACUCUUUCUCUCGCUCUUACCUCAUCCCUUCCUGUACUGCUCGUGCCAACAGUCCGAGCUCAUGGUGUAACUUUCACCCGCCGCUCUCAAUAGUCUCUGAACAGUUAAUGAGAAUGUGCAGCAGCUGAAAAGGCUUCGACACUUUUUUAUUUUAGGGCCUGCAAUGACAACAGAACAAGACACACUUGUUAAGCACACCAUUUCCUCUGCCCACGGUCUGCAGCUUGUGACACAGGAAGUAAAUGUCAUGAAUUGCUAAAAUGCAUGAGUGAAAUCCAUGAGUUUCUCUAAUGCGAUGCAAGUUUUGUACAGCUAUAGCUGCCAACGUGCCUGUGCUCAUGUUAUAUCUACUUAUUUCAAAGCAAUACUCUGCAGUUUUUCAUUUUCCAUGUUGAAUGGUGAAGGAAAGGAUUCACACGUUGUCUGCACAGUGCUGUAGUGACACCGAAAAACCAAAGCCAUCCUCCGGUCUGUCAGUAGCAGGCGGGGCUGAUUUCUGAAUGCAACCUGGCAACAAAUUAGAGCUUUACUUGCUUUUUCUCACCAAUAUUUUAAUUAUGUUGCCUCUUAUUAGUACCGUUAAAGGAGCAGUGUGUAGGAUUUACUUGCCGAUCGCAACUAGCUGAAACUUCUCCUGUGUGCCGAGCUGAGCUCCCGGAUAGUAUUCCUUCAGUGAUCAUUGUUCAGGAGGUUUCUACAGCGAGCCGAAUUAUCCACAGAGUUCUCUUCCUCUCCAAAACAAACUAAUCAGGUGAUAAAAACUAGUAAAAGCACUAAAUAAAGCAGUGUUAUGCUACAAAUCGGUGUUUUUCUGAUCUAGUUUGGCUUGUUGCAGACAGGCUGCCAGCCCAGCACCUGCUAAUGUGCGCUCACCUUUUCUCUGAUGACUUAAGAUCCAGACGUUCAGGAGGUUUUUAGUGGGAGCAGGAUUAUUUGCAGAGGUCUCUUCCUCUCCUACACAAACAGAUCUGGUGAUUUAAACCAGUGGAAACACAGAAUGAAGCAGUUUCACGCUAAAAGUCAGCGUUUUUCCGACGUUGUUCCAUUCGUCAUAGAAGGGCUGCUAACUAUGAAGGCUAACGUGAAAACACAAACAGCCCCAUCUAGUGCAAAUGUUUGGUUUGUCCCUUCUGGGCAAGGACCCGCUCCCCAUAGAGGGCUGCAAGGAUGACAUUUUUUUGUAGGCCGACAUGGAAGUUAGCGUCGCCCUGGUUCCCUCAUCAAAAAGCCGAUGUGAUUUUUCCAUUGGAUUUUGGAUUAUUGCUGAAAAUAAACUCCGUGGAAAACAAACAUUUAGGACACUUAACACUUUUUGUUCAGCAAGAUAAUCCUCACAAAUUAUUUAUAAAAGAAAAAAAAAAGGAAUAUUUAAUUAACUAUAAAGGAGCUACAUUACGGCCGUAUGACUUCAGCGUCACCAGAAGGGGGCUGUAAAGCUGUGUUUAGCCACUUGUUAGCAACCGUCUUUUUUUAAGACACCUAAGGCUUCAAAAUUCAUGAGUGGGGUAUUAACUGAUGUAUUUUAUGGCGUAGAAUGUAACGUGAAAGUCUCUUCAGCUUGUGUUAACCACAGAUCUUAUUUUAGGCAUUCAACCUAAAACCCAUUCCGUAAGACGAGGAAACCAGGAGUGCAAAAAUAAUAAGUCAUUUCUGUGUUUUAGAACUCUAUAAAACAAAAACAUGUCGAUCCUUAUUUUCAGGUAAUCGUACACGUAAGAAAACGCACUUAUUGUAUUGUAUUCCAUUUCUACCUAUACAUCCGCAUAAAUCCUACACACUGGACCUUUAACAUUUGACAAAGUCCUAACAUCUUUGUUAAAAGCAGUGGAGCAAUCACUUCAUGAAUCUAAGUGUUGGAAGAGUCGUCAAAGGCAAAGUGUGUCCUCUGUAUGUCCACUGCUGGCAGUCCCUAGCCCCCCCCCUUCAUCCUGCACUUCCUCAAAAGCUAACAGGAAGCUCCACCUCCUUCCUGUCUUGCCCCUUUGAGGAAAAUAGAAAUGGUUGACUGAGUUGCUCCCACCCUAGCCUGCAUACCAUGACACUGCAGUUUACAUUUCAGGAGAGGCGACAAUAUUGGAUAAAUGAUACUGGAGUUUGGGUUCAAUUAGUCGCUCCCUCCUUCUCUCUCUCAGUUUUCCUGAAAAAUGUUUGUCCUUUUUGUUUUGUCCAGAUUACGGUGUUUUAUAUGAAGGUGUAACAGCAACAUUAGCUGUAAGGUUCUGUACUUUGAGAAGAGUUUAGGACGGAGCCAUGGAGGAUGUCAUGUAUGCAGUUUUGCUUUUCACCACCCAGUUUUCAAUCAGUCUCUAAUCUUGUUCACUCUUUUUCUUAUCACUUGAUACAUGAAAUAUACAUAUAUAUAUAUAUAUAUAAAUAUAUAUAUUCUAUCUGACCUAUCAGGUGCUUCUUGUCAUUGAGAUACUAUUUUAUGUAUAGGAGUAUUUGCAAUACAGUGUAACUCAAAGAGGAGCAAAAAUUCUGUUUGAUUUAUUAAACAAUGAUUUGUACUCAU